AUGGCCUCUGGCGACCAUGGUCACGCCAAGGGAGGAUCCCAGGCCUUCUAUGACAGUUUUCGCUGGUUAGAAGAUGAUGGAGCCCUCGACCUGCGCCUGGGCUUGAGCUCCUAUCACCACGACAUCCAGGAGCAGCCAAGCCCUGCACCGAAGGAAGAGGAGCCCGUCUUCUCACGACGACCGUCUUUCCGCCAUAGGGUAUCCAUGAACAAGGCCACCUUGUCGCGAUCCCCCCUCUCGGGAAGCAGGCCCGGCACAAAGGACAACGCAGCUCCAUCUCUCAAAUCCGUCAACAGCUUCGGGCCAGGCACUGGCGCUGGCCAUGUCCGCAAGGCAUCCAGGGCCCUCUCGCUCAUGUCUCUGAACAAGCAACCUGCGCCCGAGCCGCCAGCCAUGAUCGACCCUGAUGCAGCACACUACCAGGACCCCAACACCCGCAUGACACUGCGUCACUACGUGGCGUCGCCGCAAAAGUUCGAUGAGGCAUUGACCUACGGCUUUCCCUCGCUGAACGAGAGCAAUGGCAGCGAGAGGAAGCAGUCCAAGGACAAUGGUUUUGGUGCCUACAAGUUGCGGACCUUUCUCGACGACGACCAAUCAUCAACACACAGCAACGACAGUACCGUGAGCGACCCGGACUCGCCCAAGACGCCCCCCAUCAUGGACAAGCCGGUACCGGCGCACCCACUGCGCAUGCACACCGAGCCCAUCGUACCGACAUUAUUCGGCGUCACCAAGACAGUCGACAACCCGCGCGAGAUGACCAUGCGCAUGACGCUGACACGGCCCGAUCUCCGCGCACACGAUGAGCAGAUAUACGGCUGGCAGCAGAAACCGGCACCAGCACGCAAGAGUCACGUCCGUACCGACUCGUGUGUGCCACCAACCCUCCCUAGGCAGGACAGUCGCACCAAGGACAUGGAGCAACAUUUCGCAACCUUGGAUCGGGAGGGCAACACAGACUCGGCUCCUGAAAACGGUGGCUUGCGGCGAUUUUGGAAACGUGUCCGUCGUUCGUAA